AAGCGCGCCGUAUACGUGACCCGGAAGUGAUGUCUGUUACACGAUAGCUGUUCAUCUCCAGUUUUCCUGCUAUUUCUGCGGUGCUAAUUUUAGUUUCACUACCGGCAGCUUCUCGGUUAGACGUCUAAAUGUGUUGAUAAAUAUUGAUAUAUGUCUUUCGUAACCUCACUAUUUAAACAAAGAUAAAUUUUUGGGAGAGAUGGAGUAUCCAAACCAGAGUGGGUUCAGACAGCGUAAGUUACAGCCGGACGUCAGGAUGCGAGGGACCCCGGUGGACCCCAGUGACCCCAGUCUGUUGUUUGACGACACCAGCGCUGGAGGGAACACACACGAGCACAGCGGUGUGGGAAAAGGCCCUGAUGUGUAUCCGGGACAGGCUUUGCUCUCGGACCCCAUGUCUAACCUCGCCAUGGCCUACGGCAGCAGCCUGGCCUCCCACGGCAAAGAGAUGAUGGACAAGAACCUGGAUCGGUUCAUCCCCAUCUCUAAGCUGAAGUACUAUUUUGCAGUGGACACAGUAUAUGUUGGCAAGAAGCUUGGACUGCUGGUGUUUCCCUACAUGCAUGACAACUGGGAGGUGAGCUAUCAGCAGGACACGCCAGUCGCCCCGCGGUUUGAUAUCAACGCCCCUGACCUGUACAUUCCCGUGAUGGGGUUCAUUACGUACAUCCUGGUAGCAGGACUGGCUCUGGGCACACAGAACCGGUUUUCUCCAGAGAUCUUGGGCAUUCAGGCCAGCUCGGCGCUGGUGUGGCUCAUCAUUGAGGUUUUGGCUGUUCUUCUCAGUCUGUAUCUGGUAACGGUUAACACUGACCUCACCACCAUCGACCUGGUGGCCUUUUCUGGAUACAAAUAUGUUGGGAUGUUUGUGGGAGUGUUAGCAGGACUUCUGUUCGGCCGGAUGGGAUAUUACCUCUCGCUGCUCUGGUGCUGCGUCUCUAUUUUUGUUUUUACGGUGCGUAUUGAAAGAUACGGUGCUGUCAUUUCAAAGUGAAGCAUUAUGUUCUUCAGGUUGCUGUUCAUACUGCUUUGAUUUAGACUCUCUGAUUUGACUGAGCAUUACACACUGCCUUCUGUGGAGGCGGAGCUUAGCCACACUAUUACAUCACAGACUAGAACAUUCCUCAAGCUGUGGUUUUGGCAGACUGCCUUCGAUAUAAGAAGUUUUUCGACUAA